AUGAAGGUUAGUGAGGUGUCACAGGAGGAUGAAGAGAUUGAUUUAUGGCAAGAACUAUGGCGGCUCCGAUGGCAGGCUUUCGGCAGUGGGACAGUGGACCGUGCGGCGAUGGACCAGUUAGCACGCCGUGCAGCAGCUAGUGAACACCAUGAAGUGGCAAAACUGGCACGCAAUUUAUUGAACGCAGGCGCGAAAGUUAACUAUAACACUCGUUUCGAGUGGCUUACAUCAGUCGUGGGUGGACAGCGAUUUCCUCCAGUACAAAUCGAUGUGGCAGGGCCAGAGGGCUGGGACGGAAACGGCGCUGCAAGUGGUAAAAUGAUGGACAAGGGAGACAGCUGGGAUGGAGAUUUGUAUGCCAGAAUUUGCUCAGGUAUCCCUCAUAUACAACAGCAUCGCGAAAUACCAGACUGCUCGCUUGUCGCGAGUCUCAUCAAUGUGCGUCAGCGCGCAGCUUCCGCGCUUCGUGUCCGACACAUAGGCGCAACAUACGUUGUUAAUUUGCAUUUUAAUGGCUCUGACUGCCGACUGGUUCGUGUCGAUUUAUCUUAUGUACCACGAGACUCGCAGGGUUCUAUUCUCGCACUGCAUUCGCACAAAAUAGAAGACGUGGUGCUCGAACGAGCUUACCUGCUGGUCAAAAAUGGUGGAUCGUAUAAGCUAAGUGGCUCUAAUGCUGCGAUAGACACUUACCUGCUUACGGGUUACAUUCCAGAGAUUCGUCAUGUGCGUAACGAUGCCAUGAAAAGGAUCACGACGUUGCUCAAGGGCGGCAUGUGUAUUAUUGCUCUAGGUACUGCAGAAAAGGUCAAUGAUAGAAAUCUGAAAAGCUCACAUGACUACGCUACAAUUGAAAUACAUUCGAAUGGAAACCUGGUAGUACGGGAUCCCCUUGAUGCUUCCCGCAAGCUUGAGAUUGAUGAAUGUACAUUACUCACGAACUUUAAAUUCAUGUAUUUUAACUGGAAUCCGCGCUUGCUUUUUGCACAUCACCAGACACUGCACUUCCGUUACACUACAGAUCCAAUGAACAAUUUUCCUACUGUAAUCGAUAAACCCUUAUUCGAAAUUUUCAACAAGUCUGAGCAAUCAGAAUCAGUUUGGGUGUUUUUGGAACAGCAUUUCGAUCGCACCCUCAACGACCAAAGCAUUUGUUUAGUGCAACAAGUUCCAGAUAGCGUAUUACUGGUAUCAAACCGGUUUGACGGCAGUAACUCUGGUUUUUACCUACUGAAAGUUGAGAUUUCCUCGAAGAAUUGUAUCAAAUUAUUCUGUCAUUCUGAAGUUUCUGCAAAUUACUCCUUGCAUUUUUAUCACAUAUCUGCCCUCAUCAGUUGUAAAAAGGCUACUGUUCGAGCGCUGGUCGCUUCGGUGGAUGACGAGUGGAAUAGUGCAAACUACUAUGGUGCUUUUUCUAAUCCGGAGUUUUACAAGAACCCAACAUUCGAAUUGGUGGUUGAAUCUAAUUCAAAGGAUCAUGUUUAUGUAGAUCUGCAAUUGCUGGGCAUGAGUACGAGCUUGCUCAAUUUGCAAAUAUAUCACAUGGACGAUUAUGAUCUCACAAAGCCGAUUGUAUUCGAUGAGUCUUACACAGAAGGCAUCUAUAUUCGAAAGAGUCUACCAAUAGUGCCAAACGCACGUUAUAAAGUUAUAUGUUCCUCAUAUCACCAGAGUGAUACUAAUAGAUUCAAACUUUUGGCAACAACAUCUUCCAAGAACUCUAAGGUUAAACUUUCAAAGUGUUUCCCCCAAUACGGAUCUCACAAAUAUCAGUUGGCACGUAAUUUCUCGUGGAGAAAAGAGACCAACAGAGUUAAAAUCCCUUUCGGACUUGUAGCCACUACAUUCCUGCAUAUUCGCGUCUUGGCUUUGGAAUUUCAGGGUGAAAUGUUCAUCAGAAUCAAUAUAUUUGAUGAUGAUACACAGGAGCUCCUGCUACAUAAUGAGGACUUUUGCAUACUUCCGAGGCAUGGAUUAGUUAUACCGGACUUUUCCGGUAUGGGUGGUAGGCAUCUCACACUCUUGAUAGAAAAAGAUGGGCCACCAACGAUGUUCAAUAGCGUCCCAAUGCGUCUUGAGAUAGGUUCGGAUUUUAAAGUCGUCUUGAACGGCUGA